AUGGCUCUAUUCUGUACUUUACAUGAAUGUUCUUGUGCCCUGUGCUGUACACCUAUACUAAUAAUUUAUAAUUUGUGCUAUGCUAUUUUUAGGAUGUCUUCAGCUGCAUCUGUUCCUUCCAUAAACCCCAGCAGUAGCCUCAAGAGAAACUCAGGUGACAUUGGGUGGGACUAUGGAGUCCUGGUGGACCCUAACAACCUAAAUGUGAUCAAGUGCAAGUUCUGUGAUCUUGUUGUGAGGGCGGGGAUAUAUAGGUUGAAGCAACAUGUUGGUGGGAUUCAUGGUGAGGUUAGACCUUGCCUCAAGGCACCGCCUAAGGCCAUAGACAAGUGCAAGAAAGUUGUUGAUGACUCGAAACAAGCUAAGAAGGCAAGGCAGGAGGAGAAGCAAGAUGACAGCGAUGUUGUGAUCCUUGAUGAUGGUCCAGAUGUUGAAGAAACCACCAUCAAUGGAGAAGGGCUUGGUGAUGUUGGAGACUCGACACAGUGCAAGUUGGGGCCUAUGGAUAAGUUUACAUUGCCUAUGGAUUCUAGCUCAUUGAGCAACACAAAACUGGUGAGGCAACAAAGAAUCACUGAAGCAUUAUGGAAAGAGAGAAUGCAUGCCUUGAAGAGAUAUAUUGCAAGAUGGGUGUAUAAACCAAAUCAGCAUGAGCUGCGGGAGAAAUUAUUGUAUGAGGAAGUGGAGGACACAAAGAAAUUGCUGAAGCUACAAGAGCAAGAAUGGGCCAAAAAUGGGUGCUCCAUUAUGACUGAUGCAUGGAUAGAUCAGAAGAGGAGAAGCAUAAUGAAUAUGUGUGUCAAUUGCAGCAUUGGUACAACUUUUUUAGAAUCAAAGGAGGCCUCAGCUGAGUCCCAUACUGGAGAAUUCAUCUUUCAGUAUGUGGACAGUUGUAUUGAGAAAAUAGGCAUUGGGAAACUGAAAAGAUUCAAGACCAUCAUUGAUCAAGCAAAGGCACUGACCAUCUUUAUCUAUGCACACCAUAAAACAUUGGCUUUGAUGAGGAAAUUCACAAAAAAGAGAGACAUCAUUAGGUCUGGUGUGACCAGAUUUGCUUCCUCUUUUCUCACCUUACAAAGCUUGCAUGAGAAGAAGAAUGAGCUAAGGGCAAUGCCUCAAAGUGAGGAAUGGGAGAGAAUCAGUCAUGUUAAGAAGACCCCAAAAGGUGUGCAGGCCACAGCCACUUUGGUGAAACCUAAUUUUUGGGCUGGUGUUGCUCUUUGUUUGAGAGUAUUUGAGCCAUUGGUCAAAGUACUUCACAUGGUUGAUGGGGAUGUGAAGCCAUCAAUGGCUUUUCUUUAUGGAGACAUUCUUAAGGCUAAGAAAGAGAUCAUGGUGGGCUUAGGGAAUAUUGACAAGGCUGGGACUCUCAAUCUAUACAACAAUAUCAUAGAAAUCAUUGAUGAGAAGAUGAAGGGAAGGUUGGAUAGUCCUUUGCACUUAGCUGCAUACUUCUUGAAUCCCUAUUAUAGCUACAAUGAUUCUUCCAUCUUUGGAGAAGAGGAAGUCAUGGAUGGGUUCUUUACAGCUGUUGAAACUUUUUAUCAUGGUGAUUAUGACAAGCAAAAUCAAGUCCUCAAUGAAGAUCUGCAUAAGUUCAAAUAUCAAACCGGUCACUUUGCAAAACCUGCAGCAAUGGCUGGCUAUAAGGAUUAUAAUUUCUUCCCAGCCAAGUGGUGGGGAAAUUAUGGAACACAAGUUCUAACUCUACAAAAGAUGGCUAUAAGGAUUCUCUCUUUGACUUCAAGUUCCUCGAACUGUGAAAGAAAUUGGAGCUGCUUUGAUGGGGUUCAUACCAAGAAGAGAAACAGGCUCACUUGUGAGAGAGUUGAGCAACUUGUCUACAUUCGCUUCAAUAACCUUCAUUCAAAGAAAAAGGCUAAGGCAAAAAAGAACAACAAAGUAGAUCCUCUAGUAGCAGCAAAUGCAACUUGUGCCCAAGGGUGGAUGGUUGAUGGUGGAGAUGAUGACAACUCUAAUGUUGAUGUUGUUACAGGGCUAACAUGGCAGCAAAUUGUAGAUACAUGUGGGCCUAAGGAGGUAACAAAACUGCGUAGGAGCGCAAGGUUGGCUCAGCCGAGACAGAUUGAAGAGGAUGUCCAAUCUGAACCUGAAGAGCUGCCAAAUGAGGAAGAAAUCGAGUUUGAGUCUGAUCAAGAAGAAGUGGUCACAACUGGUUAUGAGUAA